AUGCCGAGCCUGGUCGUGUCGGGGAUAAUGGAAAGGAACGGGGGCUUCGGCGAUCUGGGCUGCUUCCCGGGGAGCAGCAAGGAGCGGGCGCUGCUGGAGGACGACCGGGCGCUUCAGCUGGCCCUCGACCAGCUCUGCCUGCUGGGCUUGGGCGAGCCUGCCUCGGCCGCCGCCGCCGCCGCUUCCUCCGCCGCCGCCUCCUCGGCCUUGGGGGGCGCGGCGGCGGGGGACGACCCCAGCAGCACCCCGGGCGGAGGGAGCCACCCGCCGCCGGCUCCGCAGCAGCAGCAGCAAGCGCCCCUGCCCCUGCCGCCCCCGCCGCCGCCGCCCCCGCCGCCCCUGCCGCCCGCCCCCGUCCAGCAGCAGCAGCAGCAGCCCCCCCCUCCGGCGGCGCAGCAGCAGCAGCAGCAAGCGGCGGCCCCCAAAGGCGGCUCGGCAGCAGCGGUGGCCGGGGCCAUCCCUCCUCCGCCGCCGCCGCCGCCCCCGCCGCCCCUGCCGCCUCCGCCCGCGCCCCCCAGCGAGGCCGGCAAGCUCUGCGUCCUCUACAAAGAAGCCGAGCUGCGCCUCAAGAGCAGCUCCAACACCACCGAGUGCGUCCCGGUGCCCAGCUCCGAGCACGUGGCCGAGAUCGUCGGCAGGCAAGGUUGCAAAAUCAAAGCGCUGAGGGCCAAAACAAACACCUACAUCAAGACUCCAGUCCGUGGUGAAGAGCCCGUCUUCAUGGUGACUGGACGGCGGGAAGACGUCGCCAUGGCAAGGAGGGAGAUCAUUUCCGCAGCGGAGCAUUUCUCUAUGAUCCGGGCCUCCCGCAACAAGGCAGGCACCACCUUUGGCAGCGCCCCUACCUUGCCAGGACAGGUCACAAUCAGGGUCAGGGUCCCAUACCGCGUCGUCGGCUUGGUGGUGGGCCCCAAAGGAGCCACCAUUAAACGGAUCCAGCAGCAGACCAACACGUACAUCAUCACACCCAGCCGGGACCGGGACCCCGUCUUUGAGAUCACGGGGGCCCCGGGAAACGUUGAACGGGCUCGCGAGGAAAUUGAAACCCACAUAGCCGUCCGGACAGGCAAGAUCCUAGAGUACAACAACGAGAAUGAUUUCCUGUCCAGCAGUCCUGACUCGGGCAUGGAGAACCGUUACUCAGAUGCCUGGCGGGUCCACACCCCAGCCCCCAGCUGCAAGCCUCUCUCCACCUUCCGUCAGAACAGCCUCGGGUGCAUCGGUGACUGCUCCGUGGACCCAGCCUACGAGACCCCCCGCCUGAAUGACCAAAACGACUUCAAUUACAGUUACCUCUUUCCCAACUACAGUGUCAACAAACAAGAUCUGUAUUAUGGGGCACCGGAAUCUGGCACCCCUCUGUGGGCCGGCCAGGAAAACACCAACCCCGUUUCGGUCCUCUUCUCCAAGCAGCAACGGUCCGGCAGUAGCGGCAGCAUCCACCCCAACGCGCACCGUUCCCCGUCCUCUUCUGUCCCAGAGCCGACCCUCUCCGGGCUCCCUCGCCGGUCUCAGGGGGAGCCCCUGCAAGGCUUCUCCAAACUGGGCGCUUCCUCCACCACCCGGACAUCCAUCUCAAGCGGCCGAGAAUGUAUGGUGUGCUUCGAGAGCGAGGUCACGGCAGCCCUCGUCCCCUGCGGCCACAAUCUCUUCUGCAUGGAGUGUGCGGUGCGGAUCUGCGAGCGGACCGACCCCGAGUGCCCGGUGUGCCAUGCGGCAGCCACUCAGGCCAUUAGAAUAUUUUCUUAAAAAGAGACCAGAUUUUGGGCGGAUUGGAAUGGUAGUCAAGGGACGGGUGGGAGGUGAUAGCAGCGGAAAAGAGAGGGAGAAGCAAAACACACAGAGUGGAGUACAUCUGAAGAACAAGCAAAUGAAUUAGAGAAAAAGGAAAAUAAUUUAAAGAAGAAGAAGAAGAAGAAAUUAUUUUAGGAGCAAUGUAUGUUAUUUUUUAAGGAAAUAAUAAUAAUAAUAAUAAUAAUAAUUAAUAAUAAUUAUGGUGGUGAUUAUGGUGGUGAUGAUAAGAUUAAAAUGGAGAAGCCAGAAAUAUUUGGGAAGGCAAUUGCUAUUCAGCAGCCCGCGGUGUCGCUCUUAAAACGGAGAACUCUUAACGCGCCUGGGAGCAAUGCUCGAGCAACACAGGAAGUGAUGCGGCCGAAGGGGGCGGGGCCAGCGGCUUCUGCUGGCGGCAAAGAGAAGACGUCACUGUUGGAGGGGUGAGGUGGGGGCGUCUCCUCAUCGCCCCGCCCCAGCGUUGAUCUUGGUCUGUUGUGGCUUCAUAAAGCUCAGAAAGAAACUACAAUCGGAUAGGAAAGGAAACAGGAAGGAAAAGGAGAGAAACCAUCAGCCUCUGGGAACCUGAUCAAACGAGGGCACAACUGUAUUACCUCAAACACUUUAAAAGAAAAAAAAAGCAGCUAAAGACCUUUAUAUUCUUUUUCCUCUAUUUUUUUCCUAAAAAAAAGAAAGAAAGAAAAGAAGUUAAAUUUAAAUAAAUAACAUUAGAGCCAGUGAAAGUUGGGGGACAGUGGGUUAGAUGGAACCCUUGGGGAGAUCCCCUGGCCGCUUUUACAUUUUCGUUUUGAGAUUUCUGAGCCACCAGAAAGGGUUUUUAAAACUUUGAGUUUUCUUUUCCUAUUUCAGCAGGGAAUUGUUCAUCUCUUAAGAAUCAGGAGUCACUAACAGGGUAUUUUCAAGACACCCACACACCCAGCCCCACAGACCAAUGCUUCUGAAUUCCCGUUCCAGCGGGAUCGCUGAUGGUUGGUCUCCACGUUUCUGCAUCUCACUCCUCACACUUCACAAGUGAUGCAAUUUCAAAACUCGCAGGUGCCGAGACACACACAAGAGGACCAUUUUUUUCCUUCCUCCCUUUCUCUCUUUUGCUUUUAACAAUAACAACCGUUUCGCACCAAACCUAAGAGACACGAUGGCGCAAUACUGGCCCACAGGCCCACUCACAACCAACUCACAUCCCGACGGAAAGCAAAAAAUAUAGAUAUAUGAAUUAACAUGUUUAUAUAAUUUUUUCGUCUUUUUAAACUGGACCAAAACUUUUGUUACUCAAAACCAAGUAAAGAGAAAAAAUAAUAAUAGAGUAUUUCCUUACGGACCAAAACCUCUUUCGCUGUCCUCAUCUGGGAUCUUCCUGAGGUUGCUAAUUUUAUAUAUUCUAUUUUUUUCAGAAUGAAGCAAACAGACACAUGCUCAAAAAAAAGAAAAAGAAAAUAAUAAUUUUGAAUUGCCUUGUUGAACACCCUUAAUCAUUUCAAGACAUUGGACUCCUGCGUUUGUUACAUCAGAUACUUCUUUCAAACUGUUGGGAAUUGGAGAGGCGAGGACCCGAACUCGCCUCCCUGCCAGCAACCUAACGUCGUCAGGUUUGUUCAACUUGCUACCUGAAUGCCAAAUUGCCAAGAUGGCUCUACAUGCAAAGGUGUGGAUUAAAACAACCAAGUACCACUAUAUAUGCAUAUAUAAGAAAGUAAAUAUAUAUAUAUAUAUAUGUAAUGCCCUCCUUUCCUUCCCAUUCCCAAGUCUUUACUUUUGCUUACCAUUCUUGGACCCCUAUUUAGAAAGAAACUUUGGCACCAAGAAACUUUGCCGCUUGUUAGUGAUGCCUCUGCAAGCAAGAGCCCAAGAGCUUCUGGUUUUAUUUUACUUUCCAUUCUUGUAUGCUUUCCACAGAAGACUUUUGUUCCACCAUUUCCCAGGAAUAGUCUCCUCUUUCUCUGGCCCCCUCUGUUGAUGGUCUUAGAGGGUCCUUGUUCAGCUGCCAGCAGGGCUGUGUGUACUUCGCCACCCUAAAGCGCCAUUCUUAAUUCCGUCCCCAGGUCUGCGACCUGACCUGACCGGCAUAGCUACGCCCACUUCUCAGCUGCAGGGAGAAGCAUCAAGCCAUGCACAAGGCCAAAGCGCCAUCCCUUGGCCCCCAGAGGCCCUGCUGCACCCACCUCUGCUCGCAGACAGCUUCUGGGGUUGCAGCCUGUCAGCCCACGCCCUGCGCCCCCAUUUCCCAGCUCUCCAUCUUUGUUGUCCAAUUCCCACAAUGCCAAAUCCCCGAUCCUCAGUGCCCCACUCACAGGGCGUGAUUGCAGGAUCCUGGCGUACACACAGCCCUGACUAGCAGUACCUAUGGUUGUGUAUUUUGGGACCACCCUGGGAGGCCUUCUGUCAAAUGGGACGGCCUGAUCCGUUGCCCAUGUUCCGAGGGAGGGAGCUGGGGAGGCAGGUAUUUUUCUUUUUCUCUUUUAAAAUGAUGAUGAAAUCUGUAUGAUCCAGGAGCUGAAACGACAGCAGGGGCCGAGAGGGAGGAGGACCCGCCUCUUGGGUUCUGCACUAGACCCUUCAAAGCAAGACGCUUCUAAAAGGGGAGACUGUCAGCUUUCCUUGGAGUUUUCCUCCUCACCUCAACACCCCCAAGAAGCUACCGUAGCUUCAUUCUGCAUUGCAGUUCUGUGCCAGCAUUUCCGUGUUCAAAACAUCCCCCAGUCAACCCCCCUCACCCCCACACACACUAAACUUCAAAUGAACUGUGUCUCGCUUCCAAAUGCAACGUGUUGGGCAUUGCCAUGUGGGCACGAGCCAUUUGGCCGAGCUGGCCCGUGCCUUCCCUUCUCCACGCUGUCCAUUUCCAGAGCUGGCCCGGCUACCAGAACUCCUCUGCAGUGGAGCCCUCCAAGCAACUCCACUUCCACACUGCAAGGCAAGGGUGUGGGUGGACCCUUCCCGUUCCGGGCUGGUCCCUCGGCUCGGCAUUCCUUUUACAAACCGGCAAAGACUUUGCAAGCUUGGUAACUGGCCCCCUCCGCUUUUUUGAAAAGCGAGAGCCUCAUGGAUGAAAUUAAUUCUGACAGUCUCCCCUUUUUUGAAACAAAAAGGGGUUCCUCCGAUACUUGUUUUAUUAAAUAGGAUUGUAUUAAUCCCGGUCAGAGGGAAGGGAAGGAGGGUAGAACCGGAGGAGAGAGUUCCGUUUUCUUUUUGGAGAAAGGAAGCAAACGGAAAUGAAGCGGUACACCAAUGAUCCAAUUCCAUUUGCUCCUGGUGGUGGCGGCACUGGGGGGGGUGGAGGUUAUCUUGCCUUCUUCCGCUAAUGUAGAUAAAAGGGGUGGGGAGAUGGUGUCCGAGAGGGCACCCAGACCUUGUUGGAGUCAAGGGAUCGGGACGGGAUGUGAACGGCAGUACUCCGUCCGACGGCGCCCCCUCUGGCAACGUGCUCCGUGUUCGGUGGGGGUGGGGGGGGAGCCAGAUAUAUUCUUUGGAUUUAGUCGUUCUUGGCGGAGUGAAGUCUGUUUCGUAGUUAAUGUGAGAGAGUUUUCGGUCAGUGUUUUCUUAGUUUUAUGCCAGGCGGUGGAAAGAGGAGAAGCCUUCCUUGGGAGGGGGAUGUGUA